AUGGAGUCAGCUAUUGGAUCAAAGAGUCUGCUGGAAUCUAGCGAAGCCUCUCAAGAUCCAGCGGGUGAGGAAAGCAGCAGAGCUAGUCCAACUGAGGAUCUAAAUCCUGAUCCUGCUGUUCUAGAUCAAGAGACUAAUGGUGUGGUUCACAACACGCAAGUUGGCGCAGACACAGAAGUCGGUAACGAAGCUAUCACUGUGAGAGAGGAAAUCCAACGACUUCACCGCAAGAUCGAGGAGCUCUGUCUGUUGCAUCACAUGCCUAUGGAUCAACUGCCACGUACCAUGCGACCAUCAGGCCACUCAGGCAGGAUUCCCUUUCGGGCGGCCUGGUGGAAAAGGGCCAUCAACGAGUUCAUUCUACGAUAUCACGAAAAGAAUACGGAGGCGCGUUGGAACGGCCGCCAGAUCCGUAACGCCUGUCAGACCGCCCUCGCACUGGCCGAAUUCGAGGCCCAGAAGCUUGCCAAUCCGGCCGCUGGAGGGCAAAGUGUCAAAGAUGUAGCUGCCAGGUCUAAGAAGAUGAUUAAUGUUUGUUUGACGUUUAAACACUUCCGUGACGUGGCGAGAUCAUAUCUGGCCUUCACGCGUUAUCUCAAGGAAGUCCAUGGUGACAGCCCAGCCCAGCAGGCCAAGAACUUCCGUCUGCGUCAUGACCGAUAUGGUUAUGUAGAACCCCCAAGUCUGCUUGCCUCGCGUCAACAGAGAAUGGCAGAAGAGUUAUGGACAGCGAUAUGGGUUCGAGGGUCAAGAUAUCGGUAUCCACGUCAAGACGACUACAUGGAGGAUGAAGAAGGACUCGGUACUUAUGGGUAUGACGAGGAAGACUGCUACAGCCAGGAGAACGGCCAGGAUCCGACGCAGUAUGACGUAUAUGAGUCAGAGGACGAUGGUGACCUCAUUCAACAGGAUUCUGAUCGGAAGACGAAAGUAAAACCCAGAAGUCCCCUUGGUCCAUCUCUGAGUGGACGACAGCGACAGCUUCACGCUCGUGGUGUAGAGCAUGUCAGAGCAAUGGUUGGUGGUAGAGGAGCUAGGACCAUUGCAUCGCAACGGCUGUCGAACGGCCAGUCAUCUAUUAGACGGGGAAAGACACCGGCGCGCGGACAAGGGAUGCGGCCUCUUCCACAAUAG